ACUAAAUAAAGCCUCUUGACUGCAAAAGUGGUGAGAUCUCUUAAAAAAACGUCUGGAAAAUGAAGGGAUUUCACUUUGGGCCUUGGCCAAUUCGACCGAAUGAGAUAUUCUUUACCUCCAAACUAUCGAUAGGACUCGUCAAUCUAAAGCCCAUUGUCCCCGGUCAUGUCUUGGUAGUCCCCCGUCGCAUUGUUCUACGGUUCGCGGACCUCACUUCUGACGAGGUCUCUGACAUGUUCCUUAGCGCCCAGGCGAUUGGUAAGGUCAUAGAAAGGGAAUAUGGUGGAGAAUCUCUUACUAUUACACUACAGGACGGGCCAAAAGCUGGACAAACAGUACCACAUGUGCAUGUCCAUGUUAUACCGCGGAAAACGGGCGAUUGGGCCAAUAAUGAUGACAUUUAUCCUGAAAUUGAUCGCAAAGAAAAGGAACUGGCGGGGGAACUCAAAGCGCCCAAAGGCGUUGACAAUGAAGAGCGUCCCCCACGUACGCAGGAGGACAUGGGACGGGAGGCCGAGCAGUUGAGGAAACAUUUUCAACAAUAUGAGGACAUUUGGAAUUAGAUGGGCAUUGCCAAGAUGCAACCAUUCAACUGAAACGAUUGAUGAUCUUAUUGGCAUCAAAGGCGCGGCCUAGAAUCCAAUUCGUGUAAAAGGGAUGUAGUUCACUAUAUAUUGCAAAGUGCUGAUCUAUAUACAAAAGAAGCUAGUAUAAAUAAAUGAAUGCCACACGGUUAUUAACAAAAUGCUUGUUAUCGUGAUGCAAAGUCCAG